GCCGAGCUGCUCCUCUCAGUCCAUCUCUACGCGGAGCUGUCCGGGGUUCAGUGGUGCUGAAAACUGGAGCGAUCUCAAAUUCCUCUGCUUUCAGGUCCAAAAGCUUUUUAAUUCCCUAAAGUUAAGCUUUGUUUUCCAUUUGAAGACUCCAUACAUCUGACUUGAGCACCGCUUGGCAGAAAUCUCCCCGCCGCUCGUUCCAGGAGCGCACCGAGUCUUUAGCGCAAGCCGCUCAAACCGAGCACUCUUCGGACCGUAGCCAUGGCUUUCAUGGUGAAACACGUGGUGGGAGGGCAGCUGAAGAACCUGACGGGCGGACUCACGGAGGAGAAAUCCGAGGGAGAGAAAUCAGACGCCGCCGCGCAGGGAAUGACCCAAGAGGAAUUUGAACAAUAUCAGCAACAGUUAGAGGAGGAAAAACAAGAACGAGAAGCUAAUUUUGCCCAGAAGAAAGCAGAGAGGGCCACAGUUAGAACCCAUUUCCGGGAAAAGUACAGACUACCAAAGAACGAGCUAGAUGAGACCCAGAUCCAGCAGGCAGGGGAUGAUGUGGUGCUUCCCACAGAGCUUGCUAAGAUGAUCGCUGAGGACAACCAGGAGGAAGCACACAAGCAGUCUGUCCUGGGCCAGCUCUCCAACAUCCAGAAUGUGGACAUCGAUCAGCUGAAGGACAAAGCCCAGGCCACACUGGAAGACCUCAAAAAGCAGACGGAAAACUGCAGCCUCAUGUGAAAUGGGCAGAGCUGCUCCACAAAUCAGUUUUACCUGUGCAGAUAUUGAUGGGAGGCAGAGCUUCUCUGGGUGUAGACAUUUUCUCAUUGCUUUCGUGGAAUGUCAGUUUGCAGAGUUGCAUAAUUUUUGUUAUUAUUACGUGCAAGCCGAUGAGAUCUUUGGCUUUCUAAUCAGUCAAAAUCAUUUUAAGUCCUAAUCAUCAUGCCUGAAUGUCAUUCACAGUUUUACAUAAAGAAUAACAAAUUUAAAUGUUAAUCAAUUUGCACUCUGAAAAAACUGAGGCAUCACCAGUGAGAACAUUUCUGCAGGCUUGAGCAAGUUUUCCUCCUGGUAAACAUGUCCAGUGUAUCAGUUCCUUCAUCCCCUGUGCUCUCCUCCACUCUCUGUACCUCACCCGGCCAGUGAUGACACCGUGUGAUUCAGCAGCAGAGGUCGUAGCAGUGUGCAAAUGUGCAUUUAUUUCUUUUUUUUUUUAUAUUUGUUUAAGUUGGAACCGCAAAAGGCUCAAUUAGAGCAGUGACAUGCACAAAAUGGCUAACGUUCAGGGCCGGCCCAAGGCUAAACUGGGCCCAGAUAAGAAACUGGGGACCAUUUUCAGAUAGACCAUCACCCACCAACCACCCCAG